CCUUAAUUUGCGCUUCACCCGCACUUCCGGUUUCCGGUCGGCUCCCGCCCCGCUCCGCCAUCAUGAAGUCCUGAACAAAAAGCGAAUGAGAGAGGAAAGAAAAACAGGGAUGGAGCUGUCGAUGACAGAAAGAGACGAACUGCACGCCUGACACCGACGGCAUGAGCAGAAACGAAGCCCACACUCGCGGCGGAAGCGGAAAACCGGACUGUGGUUUAAAGAGCUCGCUGACAGUCAGCUGAUCGAGUCCGUUAACGGAUCACGGCGGUAUUACACAUUCACACACACAUGAACGGCAGUGAUCGCGAUCGUGGCGUUAGAAGUCUAUGGCUCGCGGUUUGAGUCGGUCGUGUUUGUGAAGUGAGGCGGGAAGGAUUGGCGGGAUUCUCCUCAGCAGGCCGGUGCUAGGCUAGCUGUCUCGAGCUAGCCGCAGUGGAUCCCGCACACCACGGCGCUGGCCAUGCCGUCGAGUGCGCGGGCUGGGAGUCUCAAGGACCCAGAGGUGGCAGAACUUUUUUACAAGGAGGAUCCUGAGAAACUCUUCACAGACCUGCGGGAGAUCGGCCAUGGCAGCUUCGGAGCCGUCUACUUUGCCCAUGACAUCUGCACCAAUGAGGUGGUGGCCAUCAAGAAGAUGUCCUACAGUGGCAAGCAGUCUAAUGAGAAAUGGCAGGAUAUCGUGAAAGAGGUGAAGUUCCUUCAAAAGCUGCGGCACCCCAACACUGUGGAGUACAGAGGCUGCUACCUGCGUGAACACACAGCAUGGCUGGUGAUGGAGUACUGUCUGGGCUCGGCCUCGGAUCUGCUGGAAGUGCACAAGAAACCAUUACAGGAAGUGGAGAUUGCAGCAAUUACCCAUGGUGCAUUGCAGGGCUUAGUAUACCUCCACUCGCACAACAUGAUUCACAGAGAUGUGAAAGCAGGGAACAUCUUACUGACAGAGCCUGGCCAGGUCAAACUGGGAGACUUCGGCUCCGCCUCCAUUGUUGCUCCUGCCAACUCCUUUGUGGGCACACCUUACUGGAUGGCUCCAGAGGUCAUCCUCGCCAUGGAUGAAGGCCAGUAUGACGGGAAGGUUGAUGUGUGGUCACUCGGCAUCACCUGCAUAGAGCUUGCGGAGAGAAAGCCUCCCUUGUUUAAUAUGAAUGCUAUGAGUGCCUUAUACCACAUCGCCCAGAACGAGAGCCCGGUCCUGCAGUCCAGUCACUGGUCGGAUUAUUUCCGUAACUUCGUAGACUCCUGUCUGCAGAAGAUCGCCCAGGACAGACCUACCUCUGAUGUGCUGCUUAAACAUCACUUCCUGUGCCGCGAGCGUCCGGUGACGGCGGUGAUGGAUCUGAUCGCACGCACUAAAGACGCUGUGAGGGAGCUAGAUAACCUGCAGUACCGGAAGAUGAAGAAGAUCCUCUUCCAGGAGACGGCCAAUGGCCCCGCCACCGAUGGGCCCGAGGAGGAAGAGGAUGUGGAGCAGUACAUGCUGCGGAUGGGCACGGUGAACAGCAUGGAGAGCUCCCAUUCGCUGCCGUCUAUGUCCAUCAGCGCCAGCUCCCAGAGCUCUUCAGUGAACAGCCUGGCGGACGGCUCGGAUGACAGCGGAGAGAUGGCUAUGAUGCAGGAGGGCGAGCAUACGGUGACCUCCAACAGCUUGGUGCUGCACAAACCGCUGAACCAUGAUAACCUCUACGAUGACCCGUACCAGCCGGAGGUGGACUCCCAGCAGCAGGGCCCCUCCGGGGGCCACCGGCGCAGGGGACGGGACCACUUCGCCACCAUCCGCACGGCCUCGCUGGUGACCCGUCAGAUCCAGGAGCACGAGCAGGGCUCGGCGCUGAGAGAGCAGAUGUCCAGAUACAAACGCAUGAGGAGGCAGCACCAGAAGCAGCUGAUGGCUCUGGAGAACAAGCUGAAGGCUGAGAUAGACGAACAUCAGCUGAGGCUCGACAAAGAGCUGGAGACACAGACGAACAACUUCAGCAGUGACGCAGACAAGCUCAGCAAGAAGCACCAGGCCAUCCUGGAGAAAGAGUCUAAGGGCACUCUCACAGAUGAGAAGAAGUUCCAGCAGCACAUCUUGGGCCAGCAGAAGAAGGAGCUCAGCAGCCUGCUGGAGUCUCAGAAGCGCCAGUACAGGCAGCGCAAGGAGCAGCUCAAAGAGGUACGGCGGACAGUGAUGGCUUGCGCUUCGCUCGGAUGUGCUGAUGAAGGUUUGUCCUGUGUGCAGGAGCUCAGCGAGAACCAGUCCACACCGAAGCGGGAGAAGCAGGAGUGGCUGGUGCAGCAGAAGGAGUGUCUGCAGCAGCUGCAGGCGGAGGAGGAGGCGGGUUUACUGCGCAGACAGAGGCAGUACUACGAGCUGCAGGGCCGCCAGUACAAGAGGAAGAUGCUGCUCACUCGCCACAACCUGGAGCAAGACCUGCUCCGAGAGGACCUGAACAAGAAACAGACUCUGAAGGACCUGGAGUGUGCCAUGCUGCUGCGGCAUCACGAGUCGACUCAGGAGCUGGAGUUCAGGCAGCUGGGUCUGGUGCAGCACACACGGGCCGAUCUGAUCCGGACGCAGCACCAGACCGAGCUCACCAACCAGAUGGAGUACAACAAGCGGCGCGAGCAAGAGCUGCGGCAAAAACACGCCGUCGAAGUCCGCCAGCAGCCCAAGAGCCUGAGAGUGAGUGACUGCCAGAGUACUGGGAAGGGGGAGGAGCCUAGCAGAGAGGGGGUGGGGUCUAUGAGAGAGGGGGAGGGGCUUGAAACCGAAGCGGUGGGGCCAGAGGAACAGCUGAGUAGAGAUGGAGAAAUGAUAGACGGGGAUGAGAUGCAGCUUGAGGAGACAGCUGUAGAAAUAGAAGGAAAUGACACCCAAGAGACUUUUACUGACCAGUGUGAAACCGUAGAUAGAGCAGGUGAAAGUGCAAACGAGCAGUUAGAUGAACCGCAGCAGGCUGAGGACAACCUUGAUCCCAGACGAGUAGAAGGCCGUCCUUGGGACGACGGCAGCGAAUCAGAGUGUGAGGAAGAGGACAGAGGCGUGGCUGACGGAUGUCCGUCAGAGCUGAUGCCCGCCCCUUCCUUUGAGCUCCGCCCCCUGGAGCGUAAUACAGACGAGCUCUCGGAGUUCUACUUCCCGGAUACGCUAGAAGAGCUGGAGCCUCCGCCGGUCUACACGCCUGCCUCCUCUUCCUCGCAGCCGUCGCUUCCCUCGCUCUUCUCUCACGCGAUCUGCCUCGUGCUCUCGCUCUCCGCCGCCAUGCGUCCGUCCCUCCUCACCCUCCUCUUCCUCUCCGUCUUCCUGCUUUCCCUGCGCCGCUCGCCUCCGCUGGCUUCCGUGCUUCUCUCGGGCGAGCUGGCCUUCCUGGCGCUCGUCUUUUCUUACCUGUUCCUGCGCUCCUGCUGCUCGCUCGCGUUUUCCACGUACCUCUCGCUGGCCUACUGGGGCUCCGGACUCUUCAGUCUAGGUUUGUCUUUGAGCUUGGGGCUCUAUUAUGUCCCAGUGGCCUUGGUUUCGGCGUCUUUUCUCAGCUCGCCGUCGCUCUUCCUCACCCUCUAUCUGGUGGUGGUUCUGGUGCUGCGUCCGGCCAGGGUUUUCCUCCAGAACAUCCCACGCAAACUCAGUCGCCUCUGGAUGCGAGUUCUGUUCCGUCUGCCGAAGCCAGUGUUCGCCGUGUGCCAGUCGCUCCUCGGCGGCCUGACCGAGCGAAGCCUCUACGACAUGUUCCCCAAAGCCGGACGCAACUGGGCCGGGCGGCAGUCCAGAAUCCCAGUGCCUGUGAGAAGCCUUGGAGCGGAGUAUCGGGCCAAAAGCAGAUGCUCCGUCUUGUUUGCGCGGUGCAUGCUUUUGGGCCGACGGUUCGUCCGCCGGCCUCUCGGCACUCUGACGGACCUCGCUAACUCCGUGGUGCUGCGUUUAGCCAAGCGUUUGCUGAAGGAGCUGCCUCAGAAUCAGCUGAGACGCCUGCAGGCCUGCGGGAUCCUGCGCAGAGAGAGAGCCAGCAAGCUCCCGAUCCUCCUGCCCCGAGCCGUGAGGGAGCAGAGGAGGAGGAGGAGGGAGGAGCGAGAGAGGAGGUACAGGGAGGAAGGCAGGUGGGAGAGUGUGUUGAGGAGAACCCCGUCAGCGAGGAGCUUGAAAGGAAAGAUGGUGCCUUGGAGAUAGAUUGAGACGGAGGGAAGGAGGUAUGUGUGAUUCACUGCAGUCCGUCUGCUCGCAUCACUCCUCCACGUGCUGUUCUUACAGGGAAGGACUGAGUUGAAGAGAGAGUUCACACACAUUUUGCCAUCAUUUACUCACUCUAACAAGACUUCGAAACGCAAAUUAAGAUGUUUUUCAUAAAACCCGAGUAGUUUCGGUCUCUCUGUUGAAAAUAAAGAAGGUAACGGGCAACAAAAACUUCCAAAAAGGCAAAACAAAUCCAUGUGAAUCAAGCCGUUGUAUGCAAGUCUGGUGAAGAGACACGGCUGCUUUAGAGGAUGAACAGAUUUAAUGUAGUCUUUUAUUCGCACACAAGCAUUGAGCUUAUGCAUAUUUGAUAUGCCAUGUGUGUGUCCAUCAUUAUAAAAAGCAAUCAGCUCAGUUCUUAUGGAUUCGUUUUAUGAUGCCUUUAUAAACUUUUUCGAUCUUCUAAGUUUUGGUUACUUUCGGUGGAGGGACAGAAAUCUUUCAGGUUUCUUUUAUGUCGUCCAAUUGUGUUUGAAGAUGAACCAAAGUCUUACGGGUUUGGAACGGCAUUCGCUUGAGUAAAUGAUGACAGAAUUUCCUUUUUUAGGUGAACUGUUGCUUUAAGAUUAAUGCACCGUUUUAUUCCAGCUCCCUCAUUCACUGUCGCCGUGAAUGCAAAGCUUCAGUCGAUUAUUGUGCUUUUUGUAAAAGUUUCUUUUUGUUUUUUUACUCUUGAGUUAUUUUAUUCUCAAAUAGCAUGAGCUAUAUGUGUUAUGGUGAUUGCUGAAGCCAUGCCUGUGCAAUCUUGAUUUAGUUUUUGUUAUUUCAUUUUGAAGGGGGUCUUAAUUUCAACAAUGAAAUUAUAUUGCGAAACCAAAAUGGUGUGAAAAUGACCUUUCAGUGAAGUUAAAUGCUGAAUUAUUUGACUGAAAGUGGAUUAUAAUACAGCGCUUUACACUAUAGAUCUCCCAAAAACACAACACUACAAGCUCUGACUCUUCCAGAAGUGCAUUAGAUGAAGCGCCGAUGCUUUUCGAGGAACGUUUGUAUUGAAAUAGAAACAGAAACUAGGCUGCAUGUUGUUGCACAAUCAGUGUUUGAUAUCAUUUCAGAAGCAACUAAAAGCAGCUGAAGCUGUCCUCAGAAAUGUUUAGUCCUCUCGCUGGAUGAUUUAGAGGCAGGACCUCAGAAAAUGACAAUCAAACACUUGCAAAAUCUGCGUCCUUGCCAAAAUGAACCGCAGCCGUUAUAUAAAUCAUACAUUAGGGUUAUUGAAUGGUUUGCUGUUAGUUCUCUAUGCCACAGGAUCGGAUGGAUGAACCAUUCUGAAUGCUGUUCAUUCAGUUCUGACACUAGCAGUGAACUUUAUUAAAUGUUGUUGUUAAAUUAAACGUCAAUCUCAUAACUUUAGGUGAAAUAUGGGUGAUCUAUUAUAAAUCAGCAUAUGAGAUGUGCAGUUUUAUUUCGAGGGAAAUCUCAGACCGGAUCAGUUUUACUCGACAGUAUAUGAGCAGAUGUGUUAGUAGAUGUGUUCUUGCACUAGAGGCAAUGAUCUGAUCAUAUUUACCAUGUAAACGAGUGUUUUGAUCAUAUCCUUCUGAAGAGAGGUCUAGCCUGUUUAGAUGAAGCAUUUACACAAGUUAGCCCUAGUUUUCAAUGUUUGCAUGGCACUGUUAUUUCAUAUUUAUUAGUGCUCUUUUCACUGCAUAUUAAAGGCUGUAAUAAGAAGCAAUUAUGACAAUCAUCACAGAUUACACAGAGUUGUGACAUAAGAAGUGAAGAGGGUGAUGGUUGGAGUGAUAAAGAAUAGCUUGCACUGCACACACAUCAUCUUUAUUUGAAAUGCUUCAUAGAAAUCUUAAGAUUAUCAAAGGGACCAUUAGUCUACUACACGAGUGAUGAGGAAAUGCUGUCUAUUUUAAGAAAAUUCUAUUUCUUGGCAAAAAGGAAGCAUUUCAGUUUUAGCCAUAUUUGUUCCAGUUAUUGGCAAUUUACUGUUUCAAGUUUGUCUUUGUGUUAUUUCAUUUUUUGUCUCGUUACUUCGUUUACAUAUUCUGUGCUCCCUUUGUUUUUUUAGCCAAAUCACAAAUUUUGUCUUUAUUAUUAUUUGAGGAAUGUUUGUGUAGUUUUAUGUUGCAUUGCACGUCUGUUUCAGGGCCGUUGUGUGCGUUUCAUCCUCAUUUUGUGUUUGUGCAUGAAUGGAUGUUUACUUAAAGUUCAAACAAAGAUUUCUGUUAUAUGUUUCUGAAAUAAAUUUUCUUUAUUAUGA